CCUGAGUCAGGCAGAGGAGAGGAAGCAGGCAGAGCAGCAGGGAAAGAUUAUCUUUGCAGAAAUGGGCCUGGAUUCCUCUGAGGCAGAGAAGACUCCGUUGGUCAGGAGAGAGAGGCCGCUGGGUGACAGAAUGAUGCCGCCAAUUCCUCUUAAUCCAUCUUUGCGUGGAGGCAGAGGAGAAACAUCAGCUCUGGAACCAGAUCAGGGCCUAGUAUGCUUUGAAGAUAUAGCUGUUCAUUUCACAGAAGAGGAGUGGGCGUUGCUGGAUCCUGACCAGAGAGCUCUGCAUAAAGAAGUCAUGGAGGAGAAUGGUGGGAUCAUGAACUCUCUCAAUGCUGAUGAAUCAGAGAUUAAGAACCAGGGAGACCAUGACCAUGUCUACACCAUGGAGAAGCCAUGUAAAUAUUCUGAGUGUAGAGAGAACUUCAGUCAAAGCUCCCUCCGAAUAAAUCCAUUGGUGAAGAAAUCCUAUCAGUGCUUGGAAUGUGCGAAGAGCUUCAAUCGGAAAGAGAGUCUCACUUCCCAUCAAAGAAUUCAUACAGGGGAGAAACCAUAUCAGUGCUUGGAAUGUGGGAAGAGCUUCAGUCGGAGGUCCAAUCUCACAGUCCAUGAAAGAAUUCAUACAGGAGAGAAACCAUAUCAAUGCUUGGAAUGUGAACAGAGUUUCACCUGGAGGGAAGGUCUUACUUCCCAUCAAAGGAUUCAUACAGGGGAGAAACCGUAUCAGUGCUUGGAAUGUGGAAAGAGCUUCAACCGGAAGGAAAGUCUCACUUCCCAUCAAAGAAUUCAUACAGGAGAGAAACCGUAUCAGUGCUUGGAAUGUGGAAAGAGGUUCACCCGGAAGUUCUAUCUCACAGUCCAUGAAAGAAUUCAUACAGGAGAGAAACCAUAUCAAUGCUUGGAAUGUGGACAGAGUUUCACCUGGAGGGAAGGUCUCACUUCCCAUCAAAGGAUUCAUACAGGGGAGAAACCGUAUCAGUGCUUGGAAUGUGGAAAGAGCUUCAACCGGAAGGAAAGUCUCACUUCCCAUCAAAGAAUUCAUAGAGGAGAGAAACCGUAUCAGUGCUUGGAAUGUGGGAAGAGCUUCAGUCGGAGGUCCAAUCUCACAGUCCAUGAAAGAAUUCAUACAGGAGAUAAACCAUAUCAAUGCUUGGAAUGUGGACAGAGUUUCACCUGGAGGGAAGGUCUCACUUCCCAUCAAAGGAUUCAUACAGGGGAGAAACCGUUUCAGUGCUUGGAAUGUGGAAAGAGCUUCAACUGGAAGGAAAGUCUCACUUCCCAUCAAAGAAUUCAUACAGGAGAGAAACCGUAUCAGUGCUUGGAAUGUGGAAAGAGGUUCACCCGGAAGUUCUAUCUCACAGUCCAUGAAAGAAUUCAUACAGGAGAGAAACCAUAUCAAUGCUUGGAAUGUGGACAGAGCUUCGGUCAGAAGACCAGUCUGAUAGGCCAUCAAAGAUGUCACAGUGGGGAGAAACCAGACAAUGGCUGUAUAUGAAUACUUUUCAGAGACUUUGAUUAAUAUGUUCAACGUGGACCCUGAGUUCCACUUCUGAAGGCCUUCUGCCAGUUCCCUGAUUGUGGGAAGUGAGGUUACAUGGAACAAGGCAGGGGGCAUUUUUGAUAGUGUCACCCGCCUUGUGGAACUCCCUGUUUUUAGAUGUUAAGAAAAUAAAUGACUAUCUGAGUUUUAGAUAAAGAAGUUUUUUAGUUUGUUAGUUUUACUGUGGUUUCAUGAAUUGUUAGAAAUAAUAAAAAUAAUGGUAAGGGC